AUGGCUCGAGAAGGUCUGCGAACUUUGGUUGUAGGACGCAAGCGUCUUUCGUCGCAGCAGUACCAAGACUUCUCUGCCAAGUAUAGACAGGCAUCACUGUCACUACAAGGACGAGAUGCGGGAAUGGCCAAAGUCGUGAGUGAAUAUCUUGAGCAAGACCUGGAGCUUUCCGGAGUGACGGGUGUGGAGGAUCGGCUUCAGCGCGAUGUCAAGUCAUCCCUUGAGCUUAUGCGCAAUGCAGGCAUCAAGAUUUGGAUGUUGACAGGUGACAAAGUUGAAACCGCCCGAUGUGUUGCUAUUUCAGCGAAGCUGGUUUCCCGAGGCCAAUACAUCCACACCGUGACCAAAGUUGCGGACAAAUCAACUGCCCAGGAAGUCCUUGAUUUUUUGCGCAACAAGACUGACUGCUGCCUGUUGAUCGAUGGCGAGUCUCUUACUCUCAUGCUUGGACAAUUCCGAACACCGUUUAUUUCCGUUGCGGUGCUACUUCCUGCUGUGAUCGCAUGCCGAUGCUCUCCCACUCAGAAGGCCGAGAUUGCGGAGUUGAUCCGCCAACACACUAAGAAACGUGUCUGCUGCGUCGGCGAUGGUGGCAAUGAUGUCUCCAUGAUUCAAGCUGCCGACGUGGGCAUUGGUAUUGUGGGUAAAGAAGGUCGCCAGGCAUCUCUUGCCGCUGAUUUCAGUAUCACCCAGUUCCACCAUAUCACCAAGCUUCUCGUAUGGCAUGGCCGCAACUCAUACAAGCGGUCUGCGAAGCUAGCACAAUUCAUCAUGCAUCGUGGUUUGAUCAUCAGUGUCUGCCAGACCAUGUACAGCAUUGCCAGUCAUUUUGACCCCAAGGGUCUCUUCAUCAAUUGGCUCAUGGUCGGCUACGCAACAGUCUACACCAAUGCGCCGGUCUUCUCUCUCGCCUUCGAUCGCGAUGUGGACGAGCGUCUUGCCAAUCUUUACCCCGAAUUGUACAAAGAGUUGAAGACGGGCAAAAGUUUGAGCUACCGCUCGUUCUUUGGCUGGGUUAUGAUCUCAGUCUACCAGGGUGCAGUCAUCCAAGGACUUUCACAGAUCCUCUUGGACACUAUCACUGGCCCACAGCUUAUCAGUAUUUCCUUCACGGCCCUGGUACUCAACGAGCUGGGCAUGGUUGCUAUCGCAGUCACAACCUGGCACCCGGUCAUGAUCUUCUGUCUGGUUGGCACAUUACUUGUAUACGCGGGCAGUGUCCCAUUCCUAGGCGAGUACUUUGACCUCAGCUACGUGAUCACCCUCGAUUGGUUAUGGCGUGUAGUUGCCGUACUAGCCGUCGCCUUGGUCCCAGUCUGGGCCGGUAAAAUGAUCAAGCAGUCAUGGCACCCGCCAAGUUACCGGAAGGUCCGUGGAUAA